AUGUACCGAACAGCCCUUCUCCGCGCAGCGCGGUCUGCCGCUCAAGCAUCAUCCCGCGUGCAGCGACCCGCCUUCCAACGAGCGAUCCAAACCCCCUUCAUCCAGCCCAGAAUAUCUACACCCGCAUUCGCCAUCUCCGCAGUGAGAUGCUAUGCCUCGUCAUCUGGACUAGCACAGGAGGAAGUCACUGGGCGCAUACUUGAUCUGCUGAAGAACUUCGACAAGGUGAGUGACGAGGCGAGCAGGCUCUCGCCUCAAUCGCACUUCACGAACGACCUUGGGUUGGACAGCCUGGACACUGUGGAGGUGGUCAUGGCCAUUGAGGAGGAGUUCAGCAUUGAGAUCCCAGACAAGGAGGCAGACGCGAUCCACAGCGUCACCCAAGCGGUGGACUAUAUCAUGUCGCAGCCUGACGGUAACGCUACCAAACCCUCCAGCCCUGUACAAUAAUAGCUGACACUCUCUAGCGCACUGAGGUGCCGAUUCGAAGAUAUCAAGACAUAAAUGGAU